CUAGUUUUCGCUCUCAGCAUCGGAGCACUUGGAAUAUACUUUAUAGAUUCUUCUGAUCCCAUAGAAUCCUGUCAGAAUUUCUACAAAGAUUUCACGUUACAGAUCGACAUGUUUUUCAAUGUCUUCUUCCUCCUCUACUUUGGCUUGCGGUUCAUAGCAGCCAAUGAUAAGCUGUGGUUCUGGCUGGAGGUCAACUCAGUUGUGGACUUCUUCACUGUUCCUCCUGUCUUCGUAUCUGUCUACUUGAACAGGAGCUGGCUGGGCUUAAGAUUCCUGAGAGCCUUGAGAUUGAUACAGUUCUCUGAAAUUUUACAGUUUUUGAAUAUCUUAAAAACAAGCAAUUCCAUCAAGCUGGUGAACCUGUGUUCCAUCUUCAUAAGCACAUGGCUAACAGCUGCCGGAUUCAUACAUUUGGUGGAAAACUCAGGGGAUCCUUGGGAAAACUUCCAAAAUUCCCAGUCACUUUCCUAUUGGGAAUGUGUCUACUUGCUCAUGGUCACUAUGUCAACAGUGGGCUACGGGGAUGUCUAUGCAAAAACCACCCUGGGACGCCUGUUCAUGGUCUUCUUCAUCCUCGGGGGUUUGGCCAUGUUUGCCAGCUACGUCCCUGAAAUCAUAGAGUUAAUAGGAAACCGCAAGAAAUAUGGUGGUUCCUAUAGUGCGGUUAAUGGGAGAAAGCACAUUGUGGUUUGUGGUCAUAUUACGCUCGAAAGUGUCUCCAACUUCCUCAAAGACUUCCUACACAAGGACAGGGAUGAUGUCAAUGUAGAAAUUGUUUUUCUCCAUAAUAUUUCCCCUAAUCUUGAGCUGGAAGCCUUGUUCAAACGGCACUUUACCCAGGUAGAGUUCUACCAGGGAUCUGUUCUCAACCCUCACGAUCUGGCCAGAGUGAAGAUUGAGUCAGCAGACGCCUGUCUGAUUCUGGCUAAUAAAUACUGUCCAGAUCCCGAUGCUGAAGAUGCCUCUAACAUCAUGAGGGUCAUCUCUAUCAAGAACUAUUCCCCCAAGAUACGAAUUAUCACUCAYAUGUUACAAUACCAUAACAAGGCUCACCUGCUCAACAUUCCUAGCUGGAACUGGAAGGAGGGGGAUGAUGCGAUCUGUCUAGCAGAGCUGAAGGCUGGCUUCAUAGCUCAGAGCUGUCUGGCCCAGGGCCUCUCCACCAUGCUGGCCAACCUCUUCUCCAUGAGGUCCUUCAUCGAGAUUGAAGAGGACACAUGGCAGAAGUACUAUUUAGAAGGGGUAGCUAAUGAGAUGUACACAGAGUAUCUGUCCAGUGCCUUUGUGGGGCUCUCCUUCCCAGCAGUCUGCGAGCUGUGCUACGUGAAGCUGAAGCUGUUGCUUAUCGCCAUCGAGAACAAAUCGGAGCUGGGAGAGAGCAGCAUCCUCAUCAACCCGGGGAACCACGUAAAGAUGCAGGAAGGAACUCUGGGGUUCUUCAUCGCCAGUGACGCCAAAGAAGUAAAGAGAGCAUUUUUCUACUGCAAAGCUUGUCACGAUGACAUCACAGACCCCAAACGGAUCAAAAAGUGUGGCUGCAAACGACUGAUUUACUCCAAGAUGUCCGCCUACAAACAAAUGAAACUGGCAUGUUGUUUUGAUUGCGGCCGUUCAGAGCGAGACUGCUCUUGCAUGUCAGGCAGUGUACAUAGUAACAUGGACACCCUACAGAGGGCCUACCCACUCUCCUCUGUCUCUGUUCAUGAUUGCGCAACCACUUUACGUGCCUCAUUCUCCCACCAUCUGCGACUUACACUUUUUCUGGGGACCAUCUGGGGUUCGAGCCUGGAGGCUGGGCCUGGAGGCUGGGCCUGGAGGCUGGGCCUGCUGGGGCUGGACCUGCUGGGGCUGGACCUGCUGGGGCUGGACCGGCAGGGGUUAGGGGCAGGGGUUAGGGGCAGGAGAAGGGGUUUGGACCUGGAGCUGGGUCUGUGUGCUGCAAGCUUGGUUCCCCCUUCUCCCAACCGUGUUCCUCUGUCGCACUACCCCUCAGACGCUAGCCGGUUAGCCUGCCGCCUCUGCGGACGCYGGCAGAUCGAUAGCGACAGAUGCCAGAGCCAGCGAGGGUCCCUGUUUGAGGUAAAGGAUGAAGUUAGAUCGUCUUUACAAAACCCAUCAAUUAAAAUCUCCAACUGCACCGCGCCCUCCUCCUGCAUCACAUCUAACGCCAUUCACCCCCAAGCACCGCCUCGCCCCUCKCGCCACAAGGACCCCCUGGCCCCCCGGGACGCGGACCCCGCCGUACCSCUCGUUAAUAACCGUAAAGGAAGCCUGCUUCCUCCGAGGGUGGGGCUGGGUCUUGGGUCCCACGGGGGGCUCCGCUUCAGUAUCUCCGGCCCCAGCAGGGGGGACGGGACGGGCCGGGCCCUGGCCGAACAGAGCAGGCUGAACCGGGCCCGCAGCCUGCCGGUGAAAUACCGCUACCACCCCAGUAACGCAGCGCUGCACGACCACAGCAGCAGCAGGGCCUGUAGGUUGCCCCCCUUGGCGAGAUGCAUCAGUCCCUGUCAGUUCUUAACACCCCGUACUGUCCUGUACUGUCACACUGCGUCCGUCGCCUGCCUUCACUGA